UUGAAACCCAUGGCAAGGAAACAUCAGAACUAAGGCAAUAAGCUUAUGUAGCAGCAAGGGGUUUAGAGACUCAUGGUAGAGUUUGUGGUUAUGGAAGAGGGGUGACGCCAGACAUGAUUCCUUGGGUGGCACAAACUCAACCAACAUCUUCAUCACUUCGAUCACGUACUGGGCGAGCAUAUGCUAAUUUGCAAUCUCAAUAUUCAGAACUUGAGGAAAAGUAUGAGCGACAACAAAAGGAGUUGGAUGAGUUAAAACUGAUGAUCACUUCAAGGAACGCACAUCCGCAUCAACAAUCUUCCUCCCAACAACAGUCUAACUCCCAGCAGGGGUCUUCAUCCCAACAACAGUCACCUUACGAACAAAUUCCGACAUCUUGCCCAUAUCCACCAUAUCAGCAUCGUCGUCCGCGAUCUCCUUCCCAACAACACUCACCUUCCCAGCACACUCCGACAUCGUACCCAUAUCCUCCAUAUCAGCAUCUUCCACCGUAUCCGUAUACAUCAUCUUCGCAGUUCUACUACCCCCAUCCAUACCAGCCACCUUUGUACCACCCAGUGCCACACCCACCUGGAGAGUUUACAGCAAUGCUCAAUGAUUCAGAUUUUAUGCAGCAGAUGAUGCCACCAAAUGAUAGGAAUGACAGGGAUAAAAGUUAG